CGCCAACCCGCGGCUCCUGGUGUGGGACUCGUACGCUGCCACACCGGUGUCGCCACCAAAGCUGAACUGAAAUGUGGCUACAACGUCACGACAGCGGUGAUCCCGGGAGGCUGCACUAAAUAUAUCCAACCUCCUGCUGUGAUGUGGAACCAGCCCUUCAAGCAGAGUCUGCAGGAUGCCUACGAUCAGUGGGCGGCUGGGGACGCAGAUAAGGAAUACACAGCCGGAGGGAACCUAAAAGUCCCCGCCCGCCGCCUGCUGGUGGACUGGGUGGUCGCAGCCUGGGACAAACUGGACAAGGAUAUGAUCAGACAGUCUUUCAAAGUUUGUGGACUGUCUGUGAGAACUGACGGGAGCGAAGACGACCUCAUCCUCUGCUUCAGGGAGGGACAGCCCUGCGCCGCCGGACGGGAGGCUCUCACCCAGCUCCGACAGCGGAGCCGGGAGAACCGGUGCGAAGCAGCCCAGGAGGAGGGAGAUGAAGAGGAGCUACUUAACAAUGAAUUUGUUGUUUUUGAUGAUGAUGAGGAGGACUUUGAGCAGGAGGAUUGUGACCACAUGUCACUGCACCGUUUCAUUCAUCAAGCUUUACCCUCAAAUGACAAAAAACUGAUUGUUAAAGAAGAGCAGCAGGAGUGGAGCCCCAGUCUGGACCAGGACCCAGAGCCCCCACACAUUAAAGAGGAACAGGAGGAACUCUGGACCAGUCAGGAGGGAGAGCAGCUUCGAGGGCUGGAGGAGGCCGAUAUCACCAAGUUCCCAUUCACUCCUGUCCCUGUGAAGAGUGAAGAAGAUGAUGAAGAGAAACUUCAGUCCUCGCAAUUUCAUCAAAGUAAAACUGAACAGAUGGAAAAAGAAAGACGUAAAUUUGAUUUCAAAUUCAAAGAGAGAGUUUUGCAGUAUGCAGAGACACAUUCAGCAGAGAAAACUGCACGGCAUUUUAACAUUGACUCAAAAAGAAUCAGGGACUGGAGGAAACAGAGGGGCAAGCUGCUGUUAGCUGACAAGAGCAGAGCCCGGCUCACUGGAGGGGGCAGGAAGAAAGUGAGCCUGGAGCUGGAGAGGAGGCUCUCACAGUGGAUCUACUCAAUGCUGGACAAACAUAACAGAGUAUCGAGAAAUAUGAUUAAAAAGAAAGCGCUGGAGAUCUACCCUUCAGUGAGCGAUGGGGGCAAGAUGUUUGUGGCUAGCACGGGUUGGCUACAAAGAUUUCUGCAGCGCAACGACCUCUCACUUCGACGUCGCACCCCCAUGAGCCAGGAAGAAACCCCUCCCACUGAGAAACUGGUUUCGUUUGUUGACUACGUUGGCAAGGCGGUCAGCUCUAACAGGAUUUUAGAGGGGGGCAUCAUUGUAAUGGAUGAGACUGCAGUUUUGUUUAACAUGGUGUCCCCCACUGCUAUUGAUACACGAGGUGCGAAGAGUGUGGCUCCGAAAACCACGAGAUACGAGGACAGCCAUCUUACUGUGGUCCUCGCCGCCAAGGCCGACGGCACCAAACUGAAGCCGUAUAUCGUCUUCAGAAAGGCUGCUGGUGAAGUGAAGGCGCUGCAGCAGCAGAUCUCCAGCGCGGUGAUUUCCACGUCUGUGAACGGCUGGAUGAACGAUGCUCUCACCGCAGACUGGCUGCAGUCCGUGGUGGGAAAAUUCAACGUCAACCCGCGGCUCCUGGUGUGGGACUCGUACCGCUGCCACACCGGUGUCGCCACCAAAGCUGAACUGAAAUGUGGCUACAACGUCACGACAGCGGUGAUCCCGGGAGGCUGCACUAAAUAUAUCCAACCUCCUGCUGUGAUGUGGAACCAGCCCUUCAAGCAGAGUCUGCAGGAUGCCUACGAUCAGUGGGCGGCUGGGGACGCAGAUAAGGAAUACACAGCCGGAGGGAACCUAAAAGUCCCCGCCCGCCGCCUGCUGGUGGACUGGGUGGUCGCAGCCUGGGACAAACUGGACAAGGAUAUGAUCAGACAGUCUUUCAAAGUUUGUGGACUGUCUGUGAGAACUGACGGGAGCGAAGACGACCUCAUCCUCUGCUUCAGGGAGGGACAGCCCUGCGCCGCCGGACGGGAGGCUCUCACCCAGCUCCGACAGCGGAGCCGGGAGAACCGGUGCGAAGCAGCCCAGGAGGAGGAAGAUGAAGAGGAGCUACUUAACAAUGAAUUUGCUUUUCUUGAUGAUGAUGAUGACGAGGAGGACUUUGAGCAGGAGAAUAGUGACCACAUGUCACUACACUGUUUCAUUCAUCAAGCUUUACCCUCAAACAACAAAAAAACAAUUGUUGUUAAAGAAGAGCAGCAGGAGUGGAGCCCCAGUCUGGACCAGGACCCAGAGCCCCCACACAUUAAAGAGGAGCAGGAGGAGCUCUGGACCAGUCAGGAGGGAGAGCAGCUUCGAGGGCUGGAGGAGGCCGAUAUCACCAAGUUCCCAUUCGCUCCUGUCCCUGUGAAGAGUGAAGAAGAUGAAGAGAAACCUCAGUCCUCACGCAGCUUCAUCAAAGCCAAACUGAACAGAUGGAAACAGGAGCUGAUGGAGAGGACUGUGGAGGACCAGGACCAGCCAGGAACUCAGAUCCAGAUACACAUUUACAACCUGACACUGAUGACAAGACUGGAGACUCUUCUGAGACUGAUGACAGUGAUGACUGGAACGAGACCAGUGAACCUCAGUCAGGUUUAAACUCUCUGAAAAUAAAUCCAUGUGGAAAGAAAGACUCUGUCAGUAGUGUGGUUUGGUAUAGUAGCAGCAAACCAUAUAGUUGCUUCAAGUGUGGUAAAGAAUUCGGCCACAAGAGGUCUGUGCAGAGACACAUGAUGUCUCAUGAAGAAGAAAAGCCUUUAAGCUGUUCAGUUUGUGAAAAACAUUUCAGAUGCAGUUCAGAGCUUGUGAAACACAUGAGAAUCCAUACUGGAGAGAAACCAUUCUGUUGCUCAGUCUGUGGUAACAGAUUUGCGAGGCGGGAAAGUUUAAGUCGUCACAUGAGAUGUCACACAGGAGAAAAGCCUUUCAGCUGUUCAUUUUGUCUGAAGCGUUUUAGAUGUAGUCAGUACGUCGUGGAGCACAUGAGAACCCACACGGGGGAGAAACCAUUUGACUGCUCCCUCUGUGGCAAAGCUUUUUGUUCCAAAUCAAAGUUGACUCAACACAUGAGAGUCCACACAUGAGAGAAAGUGUUCAGUUGCAACAUUUGCAGAAAAGAUUUGAGAUUUCACUCACAAAUCAAAAACCAUAAGUGUGUUGUUUCGAGCAGUAAAUGAAGAGCUGCUGGUUGAGCCAAAUUGUUCAACAAAAACAAAACUGAGAACUGAUUGUUCAGGAGGAAAGUUAGAGAACAACAUGGGUGGCUGCUGGUGGAUUUAUCAAGCAUCAGAGUAACUGUCCAAAACUGUUGGGAUGCAUAUUUAGCUCUACUUUUAGGAGUAGAAGUGAAAGCAUUUUAUUAAACAAGUUCCUCGUAUCGCUGUCAGCAUUUAGGGGAGCUUCAGUUGUCACAAAAAUGUUUUUGGUGUUUUUUUACUGACCUUGUACGGUAUGCAAAAGAGAUCACAUGCUGUCUCCCAACUCCCUCAUUCAUUUGAAUUACGCCAGUCCGCUGAUGCAGUGGAGCGCUAACGCAGAGGGCUCUGGGAAAAACAAACAAACAAAAAAAAAAAAACUCAGGGUCGUUCGGCAAAGUAGUUGAACCAGGUCAAUUUUUGUCGCAAACACUUGCCCAAUGAAAUACACGCAAGCGCACAUUCCUGGUAGAGGACUUUAUACCAUGAACGCUGUUUACCUCACGAUCUUCGUGACGAAAGAUAAAGUGAUUGUUUCUGUGAUAACUUUCCAGAGUUGUUAAAUCCUGUCUCGUAGUAUUAGAAACCUCUGUGCAGCGUUUUGAUGUCUGAUAAACCUUUUACAGAUAAUGCACAGUGGAGUCAUUUCAUACAGCCAAGUGAAAUUAUUUACCAUUUUAAAUUUAUAUACACAUUUUAUUUACUAUGCAAAUUCCAUAUUGGUAAAUAUUAAGAUUUAAGGCAUUUAAUUUUUGGCGUCGUAUUUGCAUAAAAUAACCUGGGUAACUUACUUACUUACCAGAAAACCAGCAAAGAAACGAUCCCUCCGAACAGCAGAAUGCAACUGUUCUGAAUACGAGCGAGUGCACUUCUGUUUCACAGUCCAAUAUUUACUUCAUUUCUGUUUCUCAUUUCUGGUAAAAUAUAUGUUUAGGUCUUUACCUGUUUAGUAAAAUUUUCAUGCUUUUUGUACUUUGUUUUUGCUGCGUUGAGUUAUUUGGACCUUCGAAUGUGUUGAAACAACAGUGAGUGAAAAGUAUAAGACGUCAUCGGUGAUGUUACGUUAAUUUCAGCUCUUAGUUGUGAUAAAGCUGACAGAUGACUGCUGGUUACUUUUUGGGAGAAAGUUGUCCUCAGGUCAUAGCAUAAUGGAGUCCUAUAAACUUUAUUAAACCUGCCAGUGCAGUAAGAACAUUUCAGUGUGCUUCCAUCAGAAAUCAUCUUGUUCAAAAGUGUCUGUAUCUUGAAACAGUAAUAAGGGAAGGUUGCUGCUCUAAAUCAAGAAAAUUAAAACUUGAUUUUAGAAAAUACUCAACACAUGUUGAAAUACUGUCACUGCACUGGAUUUUUUUAUCUUGUUUUCAGAAAUAAAAUUACUUUAAGAAUCCAAUUGCAUAUUAUUGAUUAUAAGCUAUACCAAAAAUAAAAAGUGCCCUCAUGUUUAACCUUGUGCUUACAGUCGCUGUGACUUUAUACUGUAACUGGACUGACAUACAGUUAUGUGAUUAUUUUAUUCUGUAAUUUACCUCCAGACAGGAGACAGUGACUUUAUAAAACAUUUUCUGUUUGUUUUUUUGUUUUAAACGACAAUUGUUUCAAUAAACAGUUUCAGCUUCA